GGCUGGAGGGCGGUGCUCCAGCCCUCUGUUCCCGAGCUCUCCCGCCGCCACCGCCGCCCGCGGGGCCCGCUGGUGCGCCGCCCGCCGCCGCGGGAGCCAGAGGGGUAGGACCAUCGGGCAUGCCUGCCAGCGGCGUGUGGGCGCGCCUGUUUCCUCACAGCCUUGUCAGGAGAAGGUGUUGGCGAAGUUUUGGAUUUUUGCCAAUCUGACAGAUGGAUUUGCGGGUGCAGAGAGCGUGUGGAAGGGCCGUGUCCGUGUUGGCAGAGAAGGUUGGCUGCUGAGCCGGGGCGUGUCUGCAGGAGGCCUGCCAGGCUGCCUGGAUCCCUGCCUCACCGCCAUGGGCCGCCCAGGCUGAGCAGCCAGUUCCUGCUGGAGGCUCCUGGUGUCAUCUGGGGGACCAUGUCCAGGACCCCCAACUGCCUGCUGCAGCUGCUCUGGGGUGCAUCGAGGCAGCGGGUCUACACCCUGUUCAUCAUCGGCUUCAAGUUCAUCUUUUUCGUCUCUGUCAUGAUCUACUGGCACAUUCUGGGAGAGCCCAGGGGCCAAGGACAAUUCUUUAACCUGCCUGUUGACAUCGCCUGCCCCCGCUUGGUCCCCCCGCCACCGCCCUCUAGCACCCCCGCUCUGCACAACAUCUUCUUCUUGGAGACCUCAGACCGGACCAACCCCAACUUCCUGUUCAUGUGCUCAGUGGAGUCGGCGGCCAGGGCCCACCCCGAGUCCCGGGUGGAGGUCCUGAUGAAGGGGCUGCCUGGUGGCAAUGCCUCCCUCCCCCGGCACCUGGGCCUCUCUCUUCUGAGCUGCUUCCCCAACGUCCGGAUACUCCCGCUGGACCUGGAGGGGCUGUUCCGGGACACGCCCCUGGCGGCCUGGCACGAGGCGGCGUGGCGGCGCUGGGAGCCCUACCUGCUGCCCGUGCUCUCCGACGCCGCCAGGAUCGCGCUCAUGUGGAAGUUCGGCGGCAUCUACUUGGACACGGACUUCGUCGUCCUCAAGAACCUACGGAACCUGACCAAUGUGCUGGGCACUCAGUCCCGCUAUGUCCUCAAUGGUGCCUUCCUGGCCUUUGAGCGCCAGCACGAGUUCAUGGCGCUGUGCAUGCGUGACUUCGUAGCCCACUAUAACGGCUGGAUCUGGGGCCACCAGGGCCCACAGCUGCUCACGCGGGUCUUCAAGAAGUGGUGUGGCAUCCGCAGCCUGGAUGAGAGCCAUGCGUGCCGCGGUGUCACCACCCUGCCACCCGAGGCCUUUUACCCCAUCCCCUGGCAGAACUGGAAGAAGUACUUUGAGGAUGUCAGCCCCGAGGAGCUGUCCCGGCUGCUCAACGCCACGUACGCCGUGCACGUGUGGAACAAGAAGAGCCAGGGCACACGCUUUGAGGCCACGUCCAGGGCGCUGCUGGCCCAGCUCCACGCCCGCUACUGUCCCACGACGCACGAGGUGAUGAAGAUGUACUUGUGAGGGGCCUGCCCGGCCACCUCCCCUGCCCCGUCGUCUGAUGGAGAAGGGCUCUUGGCCACCCUUCCUGGGGAGGCGAGAGGGGAGGGCCGGAGAGGGCAGCCUGAGCCGCAGCAGGCCGGGAUUUGGGACAGGCUGUGGGGGGACAGAGAACCGUCAGCCCCAGAGGUGUUCUUGGAGGACGUGCUGUGGAUCCUGGGAUCCGCUCACUUCAAGCCAGUGUGAGGCUGGCGGGACACCCCCUAGGCCAGUGCACUGUCUCAGGGUAAAGGUGACCAGUGAUGGGGGAGGGCUCCAGCCAGAACCAGCUGGAGAGAGCUGGGGGAGUGCCUGGGUCUUCUAGACAACACCCAAGAGCGGUGACCAUCGAAGCAUCUUCCAGGGCGGCUCAGGGAAGCCAGGCUGGUUGGGGCCGAGGUGCUGGUGAGGGACGCACACAGAAGCCCCAGGAAAGGGGAUGGGAAGGAGGGAGGAGCUCCAAGAGCUUAGCAGGCGGGGCGGCGGCCUGUGGGAGAGGGGGCUGCAAACGCAGCCCCGAGAGCCCCGGGGCAGGGGAUUUGCUAUUCCCUGGUUUGCGUUUCUUUUUGUUGGGCUGAGGCCGGGAGAGCUGGCCGAGGAGCAUUUUGGGGACAGCCCUCUGGCCCAUCCCAUCCUUCCUUUCCAGAAGAUGUCGCAAGGGGGACAUGUGUCAGCUGCCUGCUCCAGGGCCCUGGGGGCAUGGAGUUCUUUUGGCUUGGGAAAAGCAUUUUAAAGAAAACUCCCUCCGCCUGCCGGUGACAGACACAGGAGAAUAAUAAAUAUAAUGAAAGUGAC